AUGGCCUUCAACAAAUCGCAGCCGAGUUCCCCGGAUCCGACCGAUAUCGAGUGCCUCAAGAAGGCGUUAGGCUUGCCCUCGAUAUGUCUGGCAACUACCGUAAACGGGGUACAGUGUGGGACGGCUAUUCCUCACGAAGACGAGAUUGAUCCAAUUCUCUCGAGUCUUCUUAACCCUUCCCACACUACGACACCACCGCUAAGCUUUUUGAGCCACACCGAUCAAUUGCUCUCGCGGUUGCUUUUCGACCCUCUGUGUCCCUCUAGGAGUCAACAUAGUGCUCCUUCCAAAAAUAUGUUGUCUCUUGAUACCCUUCGUGAUCGAUUUCAGGAGUGGAAGCUAUCAGAAGAGAAAGGUGGCGCGAAUAAUGAGGCGUCAACAGCAGGAGCCGAUGGGUGCCACGAGUCUCAGACUUCCACUUUAGGUGAAGGGUUCCAACGCGAUACAGUUCAUGAUGCAGCCUUCAAUACCGAAAAGGACGAUGAGAAUGAUGAGGAGGAUGAGGGUGAGGAGGAGGAUGCGGAGGAUGAGGAGGAUGAGGACAGUGAUGAAGAUGACGCCAGCUCCCACAGCGAAGACAAAUCUAGUGAGUACCAACCUAGCGAAUACGAAUAUCAACCCAGGGAGCACCAGAACGACAAGCACAGUAAGGGUCGAACCAACAACGCGCUUGAUGGGAAACCAACGGAAGUGCUCAAGAAUGAGUUUUGGGAAAGUCUGUACAAGAAAAUCAGGCACGACAUGAAAGCUUCGUUAAAUGCAGCAGAUGAUCAAGCCCCGGCAAGCUUGACAACCCCACCUCGAACAAGCAACAACUCUUCUAAAUCCGAGUCUGGUAGCAAAGAUGAACCGGAUCCAGUAAGCCGAACUUCGACCCCAGUUCCGCCCAUCUUUUCGCCGCCUGAGCCUUCUUCUGCCGACACCCCAGAUACGGAAAAAACUACCAGUCCUACUGGACGGCAAGGUAGCGACAGCUAUUUCGAAGAAAGUCCAAGCCUAAAUAGGGGCUCCUCUGCACGGUCGGGUAAAGGAUUGUCGUUUAACCCCAUACUUUCCCUGUUGCAACCCAAGGCUCCAGAAUCACAUAACGAAGAGCGACCGACCACCCCAUCCAACAGCAAAAACAAAGAGUACGCAGGGAGAGGCUCAACGCCGCGGCGGGGGAGAUCUGUCUCAACGGAUAAAGCAUCGGCGAGGACACCUCUUCACCCCUCCAUAACUCUACCGGAUGGGACCAAAACAGCCGAAAUAUAUGAAAUAUCAGCCAAAUCGAACGCUCUGAAGGAGAUUUUGAUGACGAUGCGAUCCAUUGCAGAUGGAGAUAGAGCUAUGCCCGGCCAUGUUUACGCCUACAAACACAAGUCCGUCCCUGGACACAUUAAGAUCGGGUUCGCCAAAGAUGAACAGAACUCUACCGAGGAAUGGCAUAUUGUGUUGGAUCCCGUGGGCAAACACAAAGAUCUUCAUCUAUGGAAGAGAUUGCAACAGCAAGAAGAUAAAUGCAUGAGCGGGUUGGAGGUCCUGUUUGCAGUCUACAUGCCACAUGCCGCUGGCCACAUGGAACGGUUGGUUCAUCGCACCCUUUACAAAGAGAAGCGAAUAGCAAAGUGCCAAAAGUUGGAUUGUGAUACAGAGCACAUUGAGUGGUUUGAAGUUGAAAAAAAGCGAGCUCUUGAAGUAGUCAUGCGGUGGGCAGAGUUCAGCGAAAUGUUUCCGUAUAAUAACAGAGGUUGUCUAGGUGAGAGUUGGGAUGAACAUGCAUUUGAGUAUGCAAAGCAGUCGACGCCAAUGACAUUGGAGAAGUGGUGGAACGGCGCAUGGAACGAUUUCAGGGCUGACCAGAAAAUUAAACGCGGUCAACAGCUCGUUGCUGCGCUGGAAGAAAAAAGAAACAGCCAGCAGGAGGAGCUUAAUUUGUUGGAUAUCCAAGUUGAGAUUCAACUGGAAAGGAAUAGAUUGAAACAGGAGAAGAAUGAAUUGGAGCAGUAUGCGACAGCAUUGCGUGAGGUAAAGGUCAAAAGAGAUUUGGAAAGGACACGAGAACGCCAACAAGAGCUUCAACAGCGGAUAGAGAAGUUGUCAUUGAGAUAG